AUGCGGGUGUCCGCGCUUCUCUGUGCCGCUGUGCUGUGCGCCGUGUUCGUCUCUGCUGUCGAAGAUAAACACUCUCUGUAUUACCUCUACACUGUCCAGUCCAAGCGUUCUGUCAGUAACGUCUAUGAGUUCAGUGCAGUGACUCUGCUGAAUGACAGACAGAUUGACUCCUACAGCAGUACAGACGGUAUCAGGGCUCCUAAACAGGACUGGAUGAAGGAGAUAAAGGAGAGUGAAAGGGAAAGUGGUACUACUGAGAUGAAGGAUAACGCAACCUGGUCAAACACCUUCCUCAGCACAGUGAUGGAGGCCUUUGGACACAAUGAUUCAGGUGGUCAUACUCUUCAGUGGAGACAUGGCUGUGAGGGUGUAAAGCGGUUUGAUGACUCAGUGAUGGGUGUAAAUUACACUGAUGAAUAUGCCUAUGAUGGACAACACUUCAUCCAUUUUAACUGGACCUUGAAGAAAUGGCUGGCUUCAGCUGAAGAGGGCAGAGUGAUGGAGGGGAGGUGGAACUCUGGACACGGUCACAUCACUGCUCCUCAGAAGUGUGAGAAGUGGUUGAAGAUUUAUCUCCACUACAAAAAUAAUACUCAGACCAAACCAGGCUUCUACCCCAAAGACGUGGAGAUUAAACUGAGCAAGUUCACCACUUCACUGCCUGAACAUCUACUAACAUCUUCAGGAGUCAGACCCAAUGAUGAUGGAACCUACCAGCUGAGGAAGAGUGUGGAGAUCCAGGAGGACGAAGCAGCAGAUUAUGACUGUUAUGUGACUCACAGCUCCAUCAACACACCAGUAAUUAAACAGUGGGAUGGGAAAUACAACGACUGUACAAAUGACAGCUCUCUGAGUUCAACACUCAUAGUAGUGUUUUCAGUGAUAGCUGUGGUCCUCUUGGUCACCCUGGUGAUCUGUUUCCGCAAAAGGAAUGGAAUAAUCUGUUAUGGAGACAUUAAUGUAGCAGGAAAUGGCAUCAGUGAGGUGUCUCCCACCACUUAG